AUGGCACAAAGCAUUUCUAUGGAAGGGGAGAGAAACUUCACCUCUGUGACAAUGUUUGUUCUUCUGGGACUCACAGAUGAAAAAGAGAUGCAGUUUAUUCUUUUUCCAGUCUUCCUAGUGAUCUACCUUGUGACUUUAAUCUGGAACCUGGGUCUCAUCACCCUAAUCAGGAUGGACUCCCACCUGCACACACCAAUGUACUUUUUUCUCAGUUUCCUCUCAUUAAUAGACAUCUGCUACACUUCUUCCAUCAGCCCAAGGAUGCUUGCAGACUUCUUCAAAGAUGAAAAAUCAAUUCCUUUUGUUUCCUGUGCUGCACAGUUUUUUGUUGUCUGCUGGAUGGGUCUUUCUGAGUGCUGCCUCUUGGCUGCCAUGGCCUACGACAGAUACGUGGCCAUUGGCAAACCUCUGCAGUACUCGGCCAUCAUGGCCCCUGGGCUGUGUCAGAAGAUGGUUGCUGGGGCCCUUGGGAGUGGUUUUCUUAGUAGCUUUGUUCAAACAGUGCCUUCCUUUAACCUCUACUACUGUGGGCCGAAUGUCAUUCAACAUUUUUUUUGUGACAUAGCUCAGAUUAUUACCUUGUCUUGUUCUAAUCCCUUCAUCACCCAAAUGAUUAUCUUUCUGGUAGCUACUUUUGUUGGGUUUGGGUCUUUGCUUCUUACUCUGUUAUCCUAUGGUUUCAUUGCAGCUUCCACCCUGAAAAUAUCUUCCAUCAAAGGUAGCAUCAAGGCCUUCAACACUUGUGCCUCCCACCUGGCAGUUGUGACUCUCUUCUAUGGCACAUCCCUCUCUGUGUACAUGCGUCCUAGUUCUGGUCACUCCAAGAAGCAGGACAAGGUUCUGUCCGUGUUCUAUAUUAUUGUCAUCCCUUUGCUGAACCCUCUUAUCUAUAGUCUUAGGAACAAGGAGAUCAAAGAGGCGCUAAAGAGAGUGAUGAAGAGGGUAACACAUUUACCUCAUUAA